AUGGCAACACCUACUCAAGUCACGGCCACUAGUGACCCUUUCCAGGGACCUGACAUCGUCGUCAUCAUCGUCCUGUCUCUGAUCGCUCUGUGCGGUGCCUUCGGCAAUGCCCUCGUCGUCGUCGCCGUCUACAAAACGCGUGUUCUCCACACCGUCACCAAUCACUUCAUCGUCAGCCUCGCCUGCGCCGACCUAUUCGUCAGUAUCUGCAUCAUGCCUUUCGCCGUGGUCACCCAGAGUUUAAACGGACGUUGGCUCUUUGGUCAGAUCUUCUGUUCUAUCUGGUCCUCGCUUGACAUUCUCUGCUGCACUGCGUCAACGCUUAAUCUCUGUGCGGUCAGCGUUGACAGGUACAUCGCAAUAACGUCGCCACUAAAAUAUCACGUCGCAAUGACGCGCGCCAGAGCUUUGGGAAUCAUUUGCGUGGUGUGGUUGUUCUCCAUGUUUCUGGCGACGACGCAACUCAUAUGGAAACAUUUUAUUGGACAGACGGCCGAGUUGAUGCCUGGUUUUGAGAUCUGUCCGUACGCACUCGACAGGACGUUCCGAAUGUACGCUGCGUCAUCGUCUUUCUUCAUCCCUCUCACGGUCGUGAUCAUUCUUUACGCGCGUAUUUUCCGCGUUGCCUACAAACAAGCGCGUCAAAUCAACGCAACGCACGACCAGCUCCAAACGUCGCACCCGUCGCGGGCUCAAAUGAGAAGGAACGAUUCCGUUGAGAACGGCAACAACAACGCGCCGCCGAACGCUCCAUCAAACCACCAACUGCGUAAAGCGUCAAGAAUGUCGAUAGAGUUUGGAAUCGCGUCGCGUGAAGUUUACCCGCACCGUCAAUCACGCGAAGUGAAAGCCUUUAAAACUGUCGCCGCUGUGCUCGGCGCUUUUAUCAUUUGCUGGAUACCCUUUAGUGUGACGUUUGUGGUGGAGGCGUACUGUCGCAAGUGCCACCUGCCUGUUUCAAUGAUGGAUACUUUCUUGUGGCUCGGUUACGUCAACAGCGUCGUAAAUCCCUUCAUAUAUGCAUUCUUUAAUCGGACAUUCCGCACUUCGUUCAUACGAGUCUUGGGUCUGCACAGUCGUACUAGUUGCUGCGGUCACACAAUUGACGAAGAUGAUUACAGGUCAACGAUUAUGGCAUAG